GAAAAUUCCAUUUUAGGGGCUUGCCAAACACAGCCUUAGGCCUUAACCCCAUCACAUAGUAAGAACACUCCGCCGCCAAGACUCAUCAAAAAUUUCCCUCAAUUCUCGCUUUCCCGUAAGUGGGUUUUCGUUCUAGUUCUUCGUUAUAGAGUAAAAAUACUACCUUUGCUUCGUUUGUUUUCUGGGCUUUCUCGAAAAACCUUAGCAAAAAUGUCGGACGAUAAUGCUUUGAUUAAAAUGGUGGAGAUAGAAAACAGAGGAAGAGCACUGGUUUCUUGUAGGCCGCUCAAGGCCGGAGAAAUAGUCCUCAAAGACUCUCCGAUCGUCCUUUACUCCGCCUUUCCUCUCCCCGCCGCUGGUAAUUACUGCUCCCACUGCUUCAGGACGAUCUCAUCGAACUCUCCGGCUGCAGUUUCUUGCCCCCAUUGCGCGACUGCUUCGCUUUUUUGCUCUUCAGAAUGCCAAUCCGUUGCUCUGGCUACUUCCCACACCCCAUUUGUAUGCCAAGCAUUAACCCGCCUCCGGGCCGCCGAUUCUCCGCUCCACCACCACCACCACGACCGCCAUGUGCAAGCCCGGUUUCUUGUUGCCGCGUAUAAUCUUGCAAUGGUGUCGCCUUUCCAUUUUCAGACUCUCCUUUCACUUCAAGGUGAAGUCUUUGUGGAUGAUGCAGCCGUUUUCUUACAUUCAGUAAUUUCGUCGGUUUGCCCUUUGUCAAAUCUUGGACAGUUUGGGUUUUCAGUAGAGCUGACCUCUGCUCUGUUAGCUAAAGACAAGCUGAAUGCUUUUGGGUUGAUGGAGCCUUUUGAUCAAGAUAAAGAAAGGUCUGUAAGGGCAUAUGGGAUUUAUCCGAGGGCCUCGUUUUUCAAUCAUGAUUGUCUCCCAAAUGCAUGUAGGUUCGAUUAUGUGGAUUCGGCGUCUGAUUUUAGCAAUACCGACAUUGUUGUAAGGGUAAUCCAUGAUCUACCUGCGGGUAGGGAGAUUUGCCUGAGUUAUUUCCCUGUCAAUCUUAAGUAUUCAGAAAGGCAGCAGAGGUUGAAGGAGGAUUAUGGUUUUACAUGUGGUUGUGAUCGUUGCAAUGUGGAGGCAAAUUGGUCUGAUAAUGAGGAAGAAGGAGAGGGAGAAAUUGGCCAAGAGGACGAAGAUAUGGACGAGGAUGCUGAUGAUAAUAUGGGGGCUGAUUUAGAGGCCACGGAAUGUGGCAUGUCGAAAGAAAAUGAUGAUUUUCCUCAUGCUUACUUCUUCAUGAGAUACAUGUGCAGUAGAGACAAUUGUGGCGGUACUUUGGCUCCUUUACCCCCAGUCGAUGCACGCCCAUCUACCAUUAUGGAGUGCAACGUUUGCGGCAACUUGAGCAACUGUGAAGAAAUGGAUGGAAAUGAGUGAUUUCAGUGAGUUUCAUUAAGUGAACAAACUCAGUUCAGUCCCAGAAAAUUUUGAGCAGAUUCUAGUAAUGCUACAUGUAACGGCUUUGACUUUUCUUCAACAAAGCCUCACAUAAAGCACCGGUUUCUAAAGCUACUCGUUUAGCCGACAAAGUAUCUGAAUCAAGUCCUCAAGGUCGGACAAACACGGUGCAUAUGUAUUACCUUUAGCUGUCUCUCUUGUGAAGGGCAAAGAGGUAUAGCUUGCAAAAAUCGUCAUAAACAAUUAGCUACUACGUAGUUUAGAAUCUUAUUUUUGAAAUCCAUGCUUGAAAUUUGAGAUGCAAACAUUAGCACCCUUAUCAGCAAUGGUUUCUGAACGGUUUCCUUAUAGAGGUUGAUCAGUUGGUUUCCUCAGUGUUUGGCUUUUCGUUCUUGCCUAUCUUGUUUUAUGAGUACCUAAAGAAGGGUUUGUUUUGUUUAUGCUGAUGCUGCUGUUCUGAUGCGCAGCAUUUGAUUUGGAUUGUCCUAUUAUCUAUAGAUGUACCUCUUUGGGGGGAUAACAUU